CAUGCAGAGUCGCCCACGGGUUUCUGACAGGCGAAGAAGAGUUCCACUUCCGGAAAUCAAAUUAUUCACACGAUAGCUAAUUAAACGGUAUUGAUGUUAUCUACCUAACGUUAAAUGUAUAAAAACUAUACAUUAUGGCUUUGCCGCUUAGCUAAGAAGAGGGUAUGAAUUAACAGUUUGUGAUCGACUUCGCACCGGUCAAGCGUGAAUGCUCAGCAUGUGCGCGUCUGGAAAGUACAGUUCACGGGGCCCGGCUCUGAUUCCACGGAUGAAAACCAAGCACCGCAUCUACUACAUCACCCUGUUCUCUGUGGUGCUGUUGGGACUCAUCGCCACAGGGAUGUUCCAGUUCUGGCCACACUCCAUCGAAUCAACGGCAGACUGGAGCCUGGACCGACGCAGCGUGCACGAUGCACCUCUCGUCCAACUGCCUGUCUCCAACCCUAUUCCUGAGAGAGGGGACCUUAGCUGCAGAAUGCACACUUGUUUUGAUGUGUAUCGAUGUGGCUACAACCCUAAGAAUAGAAUCAAGGUGUACAUCUAUCCUCUGCAGCGUUUUGUGGAUGAGGGAGGAGUGCCAAUCAGCAGCACAGGCCUGUCUCGAGAAUACAAUGACCUGCUCAGUGCCAUCUCCGACAGUGAGUUCUACACUGAUGAUGUCACCAGGGCAUGCCUAUUCGUGCCCUCUAUUGAUGUGCUCAAUCAGAACUCUCUGCGCAUCCGGGAGACUGCCCAGGCUCUGGCCAUGCUCCCCAGGUGGGACAAAGGGAUGAACCACCUUCUGUUCAACAUGUUACCUGGAGGACCUCCAGACUACAACACAGCCCUUGAUGUACCAAGAGACAGGGCUCUGCUUGCAGGGGGAGGCUUCUCCACGUGGACCUACAGGCAGGGUUAUGACGUCAGCAUCCCUGUGUACAGCCCUCUGUCUGCAGACGUAGAGCUGCCCGAGAGACAGCCUGGGCCCCGGCGCUACUUCAUUCUGUCGUCUCAGACGGCCAUCCACCGUGAGUACCGGGCAGAGCUGGAGAGGCUGAAGGAGGAGAACGGGGAGGCUCUGCUCCUCCUGGACAAGUGCAGCAACCUCUCUCAGGGAGUCGCCUCAGCGAGGAAACGCUGCUACAAGGGCCAGGUGUUCGACUACCCCCUGAUCCUCCAGGAGUCGUCGUUCUGUGUGGUGCUGCGUGGGGCUCGGCUGGGACAGGCCACCCUCAGUGAUGUGCUGCAGGCUGGCUGUGUCCCUGUCAUCCUAGCAGACUCCUACAUCCUGCCCUUCUCUGAGGUCCUCGACUGGAAGAGGGCAUCCGUGGUCAUUCCAGAGGAGAAGCUCCCAGAGAUGUACACCAUCUUGAAGAGUAUCCCUCACAGGCAGGUGGAGGAGAUGCAAAGACAGGCCCGCUGGUUCUGGGACGCUUACUUCAGCUCCAUGAAGGCCAUCGGUAUGACAACGCUUCAGAUCAUCAAUGACCGCAUCUACCCCUAUGCUGCCCGCACCUACGAACAGUGGAACAACCCCCCUGUGGUGAAGUGGUCGAGUGUGAACAGCCCUCUGUUCCUGCCUCUCAUCCCACCGAGGUCCCCAGGGUUCACUGCUGUGGUGCUGACCUACGACCGUAUCGAGAGCCUCUUCCGGGUCAUCACUGAGAUCUCCAAGGUUCCCAGCCUGGCCAAGCUACUGGUGGUGUGGAACAACCAGAACAAGAGUCCCCCUGAAGAUUCUUUAUGGCCGAAGAUUGCCGCGCCUCUCAAGGUGGUGCGCACCAAAGAGAACAAGCUCAGCAACCGCUUCUUCCCCUACGACGAGAUCGAGACUGAGGCCGUGCUGGCCAUCGACGAUGACAUCAUCAUGCUGACGUCUGAUGAACUACAGUUUGGCUAUGAGGUGUGGAGGGAGUUCCCAGACCGGUUGGUGGGGUACCCGGGUCGGCUCCACCUGUGGGACCACGAGAUGGGGAAGUGGAAGUACGAGUCCGAGUGGACCAACGAGGUGUCCAUGGUUCUGACUGGAGCAGCCUUCUACCACAAGUACUUCAACUACCUGUACACUUACAAGAUGCCAGGAGACAUCAAGAACUGGGUGGAUGCUCAUAUGAACUGUGAGGAUAUCGCCAUCAACUUCCUGGUGGCCAACAUCACUGGCAAGGCCCCCAUAAAGGUGACCCCAAGGAAGAAGUUCAAGUGUCCUGAGUGCACAGCCAUUGACGGUCUGUCCCUGGACCAGACACACAUGGUAGAGAGAUCGGAGUGCAUCAACAAGUUUGCGUCGGUGUUCGGCACCAUGCCCCUGAAGGUAGUGGAACACCGUGCAGACCCAGUCCUCUACAAGGACGACUUCCCAGAGAAGCUCAAGAGUUUCCCCAACAUCGGCAGUCUCUGACCGGACAGGGCUGUGGCCCAGCAACCCCCAGACACCCAUACAUACCCAGCAUCUUCUAGUUCAGGGGAGACAUAGAAGAGUUUAUCUCUGUCCAUAUAGAACCUGGAAGGUUGUUGUUCUCUGUAGGGUGGUGUGGGGUUGGGAGCCUGUAUUGUUUCCUUUCCUAAAUACUGGUUUGAAUUAGAAGUGGUGAGAGAUGAGGUGUGUGUGCUCAUUGGUUGGCUGGACAGAAUCUACUGUGCGACUGAGAGAUGAGGUGUGUGUGCUCAUUGGUUGGCUGGACAGAAUCUACUGUGCGACUGAGAGAUGAGGUGUGCGUGCUCAUUGGUUGGCUGGACAGAAUCUACUGUGCGACUGAGAGAUGAGGUGUGCGUGCUCAUUGGUUGGCUGGACAGAAUCUACUGUGCGACUGAGAGAUGAGGUGUGUGUGCUCAUUGGUUGGCUGGACAGAAUCUACUGUGCGACUGAGAGAUGAGGUGUGUGUGCUCAUUGGUUGGCUGGACAGAAUCUACUGUGUGACUGAGAGAUGAAGUGUGUGUGCUCAUUGGUUGGCUGGACAGAAUCUACUGUGCGACUGAGAGAUGAGGUGUGCGUGCUCAUUGGUUGGCUGGACAGAAUCUACUGUGCGACUGAGAGAUGAGGUGUGCGUGCUCAUUGGUUGGCUGGACAGAAUCUACUGUGCGACUGAGAGAUGAGGUGUGUGUGCUCAUUGGUUGGCUGGACAGAAUCUACUGUGCGACUGAGAGAUGAGGUGUGUGUGCUCAUUGGUUGGCUGGACAGAAUCUACUGUGCGACUGAGAGAUGAGGUGUGUGUGCUCAUUGGUUGGCUGGACAGAAUCUACUGUGCGACUGAGAGAUGAGGUGUGUGUGCUCAUUGGUUGGCUGGACAGAAUCUACUGUGCGACUGAGAGAUGACAAGUCUGUGUAUGUCCACUGCUGCUGUAUUUGAACCAGAGGCCCCGUGGGCUCUUUGGCUGAUCUGGGGUCAGUGUAUAUAAAUCACACCGGUGCUACAUGUGAGUCAGGACUGCUGUCUGCCGCUGCUGUCUGCCGCUGCUGUCUGCCAAACACAGCAGUUGUGUAAUAUGCUGAACAGUAGAGAUAAUAUAUCCCAUGUCAUUUAUCUCGAACUGAUGAAUUUUUUAAAAUGAUAAAUAAUAUGAGACAAGGUAGUGUUAGAGGGCGCUUCUCGUCUAAGGUCAUUUCAUGGCAUGAGCAAUUUUUAUUUGUUUAGUGUGAGCACUGCAGAGGUGUAUGGUCCGCUUUCUCUGCAUAGAGGAUAUAUCGCAAAUAAUAUGUACACUAUAUAUUUACUGCCAACUGUUCUACUGCUAACACUUUUCAAAAGAAUGACCGGUAUCUGGACAUUUGAAUGACCUUUUAUAAAGUGUUGUGCUUCAUAAUGAACUAUUGCAGUAACAUCUAGUCUGGUAUAGUAGGGAAGGUACUGUAACUGAUGCGGUGACAUUGGACUGUCUGCUUCAUGGAGAUGUAGGCACCAGGUUGUACAACUCCCCAAUUUUGAUGUCUCUUUUUGUUUUAUCUUUCUGUUAGUCUGUGUAGGCUUGCUCAUCUCUCUAAAGGAAUGUCCUAAGCAUUUCAAGUUUGUCAGCACACACUUUUUAAAAUGUCAAUAUUGCCUUUUUUGUUUUGUUUUUUUACUUGUGUAAGGAUUGUUGUUUGUGAUAAAUGUGUCCCAAAAUAUAUAUAAAUAUGACUUAGUGAAGAAAUACAUGCUAAAUAAAGAUGUUUUUCAUUGGCCUGGGAUUAAAGAAAGGAACAAUGGUGCUGCCGGACUCCAACCAAGGUGCAUGAAUUGAGGAGCAAAGUGAAGAGGAAAUUCAGCUACUGGAGAACAGAGGAAGUUGAAAAAAACGUAAUCGGAAGUGUUCUAGAUGUGGAUGACGAUGUUGUAUGCAUGUUUAUUGGAGUGGUUUUCUCAUGCACAGUCACCAGUAGCAAGCCUCUGUGUCAGUCACGCUCUCUGUCCUCAUUUUGAUUUGGUGAAAGCCCAUGUCUGACCAGGGCUGUUGUGACAGCCAGGCCGUGUGCAGCACCACUGUUCAGCCUCGCCUGUCACCUGUUAAUACACGCUCCCUAAUCCACCCUGUACAAUGUCAGCAGUUCAAAGGAACGCUGUUAGUAUUUUUGUCGACUGCGUGACAUUCUUGGAGGUUAGGAGGUCUCAUUUCAUCCCUCAUGUCUGAAAUACUGAGGGAUUUUAGGCUGUCACUGCAACUGAUGCAAUCAUGGUACAUAUGAGGUAGAUGAUAUGUAAAUGCAAGAAGAUGGACGCGUUUCUUUUUUUACACUAGAUUUUUAUUGAAGGCCCUCCCACCCCUCCAUCCUAAUUUAUAUAGACAUCAGUAAAAACAGAACACCAGAAUCCCCAAAAUCUCCACACACGUUACUACAUGUGUUGCCCAUUGCUGCAGGACAUUGUGAAAACUGCUACUCUUAAUGACUCCUCUGAGUCUUGCCAUCCUAAAAACAUCCCAGUCUUUAAAUGUAGGAUGUUUCCGUGAGAGUAGGAAUCCUUCUGCAGUAGCAUCAUUCCCACCACACAACAGCAUAGAAAGCUUGUCAAAGAGCUCUGACCUCUUUGACUAAAUGUGUUUUAUUGUUUGUUUAAAGGUCCAAUGCAGCCUUUUUAAUCGCAAUAUAGAAUUAUUUCAGGGUAACAGUAAAGUACCUUACUGUUAUUUCAAUUCAAAUGGUCAAAAAGAAGCAAAAAUAACUUCUUAGCAAAGAGCAAUUUCUGAAGUGAGAAUUUUGCUCGACUGUCUGGGAGUGGUCUGAAUGGGGAGGGGAGAACAACACCAGCUGUUAUUGGCAGAGCAGGUUGUAACUCUGGUGUUGACACCAGGCAGACCAAAACUCCAUCCCACCACAACAGGCUGGCAUUUCAUGCAAUCUUUUCAAACAGCUCUUACACUAAAAGUCCAUUAUGAUUUUCACCAUUUCACAGUAUUAUUACAACCUCAUAGUGUGGAAUAUAUAAAAGCAGGAAAAUCACGUUUUGGACUGCACUGGAUCUUUAAAUAAUUGGCGGGAACUAUAUGAAAUUACUCGUGACAAUUGAAGCUGCACUUCAGUUAUCCAUUAAAAAAAA